AUGGAUUUUGUCAAUCUUGUGGACAAUAUCCAGAUUCACACAAGCAAGCAACCCAGUGUGUUUGCAGAUAAACUUGAACAAUGUAAGAAAGGAGCCACUUACAAUGAUCAUCCAGCUGCUUGUUCCAGCUACUGCAUUUCACCUUCAAAAGUGCCAGAGUCUUUUGCCACUCAGAAACCAAUUGACAUCAGGCAUAACUAUAGUGACAGAGAUUCCCCAAACCGACCCAAAUCAUUCGGUCACUGCCUUCAAGAAAAUGAAAUUGAUAUCGGUCAGUUUCACAGAAAUUUAGUUAAUCAUGAACCUUCUCGAAGACUACAGAGUGUAUUACCACAGAUUAAAGAAAAUACUUCAUCCCCUGUUUCUUUUAUUUCGGCAACAAGGUCUCCUGGGAUGCAAGUGGACAAUCAAGUCGCUGAUCAGACAAGCUCAACCUAUCUUUGCCCAACAAGAUCUGUAAAUAGUAGUCAUGUCCUCAACCCUCCUUUUUCAAGAACUGAUGAGCUAAUUAGGAGAGAUUUUGCUGAUAAAUAUGGAUUUUGUCAAUCUUGUGGACAAUAUCCAGAUUCACACAAGAUGUCAAGGGGUGUGAAAAUGAUAACUCGCAGUACACAGACAUACUGGGCUCGUAUUCAUUCCAUUGCCCAAGUGGAUGAUACACAGGAGACAACAGUUGACCCUAUGCCUUCAUUAUCAUGGGAUCAUCUCACUCCCAUGCCAUCCCCUGCCUAUCUACAGACAGUAGUAGUUGGGACAACCCGAAAUGAUGACUUAAUUACUCAGGAAGAUGAGAGGGCAUAUGGAAUUGACACUACAGAUGAAAAAGCUGUACACCAAGAUGGCAGAGAUUUGGUAUAUUCAUCACACCAUGAAAAUGAUGAAAGGGGAGCUGUGGGUGGGUGGUAGAGAGAUUUUGUCUUUUUUUAUUUGUUGUCACAGAGUAUCCAUUGUUAUUUCUUGGUUAGUCUUAUACAAAACUACAUAAUUUAAAAGUUUUUAUGAAUUAUUGCACAUUUGAACAUGGUGUUUAAUGAAGGGAUAAAUUAAACUGAUGAAAGUA